ACAACAUGGUGUGUCCGCCUCUCUGGUACCCUGCGCUGUGCACGCUGCUGCCAUCGUCAGAGAGAGGAAGACACACACACUGACCGACCUAAUCCACAAAACCUGGAGACAGCUGCUGAUCACCGGUCUCCCUGGGGUCCAGCCUGUUCUGUGUGCCCGACCAGACACUCCUCCACCUCCGGCCUACGCCUUCUCCUCUCCCCCCUGUGAGCAGCCAUGCCUCCCCCUCUGGGUCCUGCUGCGGGGUACACCCCACCCGAGGGCGGCUGGGGCUGGGCGGUGGUGGCGGGGGCCUUCAUCUCCAUCGGCUUCUCCUACGCCUUCCCCAAGUCCAUCACCGUCUUCUUCAAGGAGAUCGAGCAGAUCUUCGACGCCACCCCCAGCCAGGUGUCCUGGAUCUCCUCCAUCAUGCUGGCCGUCAUGUACGCCGGAGGUCCAAUCAGCAGUAUCCUGGUGAAUAAGUUUGGCAGCCGACCAAUCAUGAUGCUGGGCGGGUGUCUGGCGGGGGCGGGGCUGAUCUCCGCCUCCUUCUGCAACACAGUGGGCCAGCUCUACUUCUUCAUCGGCGUGAUCGGAGGCUUGGGCCUGGCCUUCAACCUGAACCCGGCCCUCACUAUGAUCGGGAAGUACUUCUUCAAGCGGCGGCCCAUCGCCAACGGCAUCGCCAUGGCGGGCAGCCCGGUCUUCCUGUCCACCCUGGCCCCCCUCAACUCCUGGCUCUUCGACCAGUUCGGCUGGAGGGGCAGCUUCCUGAUCCUCGGGGGGCUCCUGUUCAACUGCUGCGUGGCGGGCUCCCUGAUGCGGCCCCUGGGACCCCCCCUGCCGCCCCCGCCCAGCCCGGAGCCGCUGCCGGGCAAGGAGGGGCAGGCGGCGCCGAAGAAGACGGUGCUGCAGACCGUCAACUCCUUCAUCGACCUCACCCUGUUCCAGCACCGCGGCUUCCUGCUCUACCUCAUGGGCAACGUGGUGAUGUUCUUCGGCCUGUUCGCGCCCCUCGUCUUCCUCUCCAACUUCGCCAAGAGCAAGGACAUCAGCAAGGAGCGCGCGGCCUUCCUGCUGUCGGUGCUGGCCUUCGUGGACAUGUUUGCGAGGCCCUCCAUGGGGCUGCUGGCCAACACGCGCUGGGUGCGGCCCAGGAUCCAGUACUUCUUUGCGGCGGCGGUGCUCCUCAACGGGAUUUGCCACCUGCUGGGGCCGCUGUCCGUCGACUACACCGGCUUCGUGGUGUACGCCAUCUUCUUCGGCUUUGCGUUCGGCUGGCUGAGCUCGGUGCUGUUCGAGACCCUGAUGGACCUGGUGGGCGCCCAGCGCUUCUCCUCCGCCGUGGGCCUGGUCACCAUCGUUGAGUGUGGCCCCGUGCUGCUCGGACCACCGCUCACAGGCAGCUUCUACAACUACUACCAGUCCUACGACUACACCUACAUCACGUCGGGGGCCAUCCUGGUGGUGGCCAGCGUGUUCCUCUUCCUGGGCAUGGGCCUCAACUACCACCUGCUGGCCAAGGAGAAGAGGCAGGAGGAGAGGGAGGCCCGCGACCAGUCCCCGGAGGAGCGCACCGCCAUGCUGGCCCCGCCCGCGGACCCCCAGGCGGACCCCCAGGAGAGCGACGCACCGCCGGCCGUCUCUCUGGACGAAGUGGCCAGGGUGGACGAGGACACUGUGCUAUGAGCACACACACACACACACACACACACACACACACACACACACACACACACACACACACACACACACACACACACACACACACACACACACACACACACACACACACACACACACACACACACUCAGGCGAGCACACACACUCACAUACACACACACUCAUCACUCACUCACUCAGGCCAGCACACACACACAACACACUCACUCACUCACUCAGGCCAGCACACACACACAACACACUCACUCACUCACUCAGGCGAGCACACACAAACACAAAUGUACUCACUCACUCAGGCCAGCGCACACACAGACAAAGACAAACACACACAAACAUGCACCGUCGAUCAGGUUAGAUGUUUGGUGAGAUCGUGCUCGAUCUCGAGGUGUUGACUCUUCUCUAAACUCUUUCUAGCAAUACACACACAACCCCACCGACACACACACUCACGAGGAAGUUCUCUCUAGCAGGAACAUCUGAGUUAAUGUGCUGAUAGGUGAGCUGUGAACCUAGAUUCAGUCCAUCAGUCUGUCCCGGAGCAGAAGACCUGACAGCUCAAGGGAUCCAACAGGCUCCUCAGACUCUGGAGUGGCUGUUAUUGUCUGAGGUCUCACACACACACGCACACACACACACAGCAUCGUGUUAAUAGAGAGUCAGUAGUGAUGCAGUGGUUGACUGAUGGUACUGGAAGAGGCACCCGGAUGCAGUGCGGUAGCCCCCGCUGACUGAGAAUCACCACUCACAACUUGGUAGCUAUCCAGUGUCGGCUAACACAUGUUAGCUAUCCAGUGUCGGCUAACACGUGUUAGCUAUCCAGUGUUAGCAAACCCGUUUUAGCUGUUCAGUGAGAGCUAACACAGGGCCUGAACUGCCUUCAGACACAGGGAUUUGGACAGGGUAUUAUAUAGUCAUAGAGUUUUUUAGGUUGGCCUUUAGCAGUGUUUGUAAUAACUCAGUUUAAAAGAACGGCCUUAGGUAACCUCGUAAUUAACUAAUAACUGUUUCCCUCGUUUCAACGCCGUUACCGCUACUGUAGGUUAAAUGGGGUGCGUUGUUACUAUGAAUUGAUUGAAUAAACUGAUCCGAACGCACCCCUGGCUCCAACCACAAACUGCUAGUGAGGAGGCCGGGUGGGUUAACAACGAGAUAAGAGACUACGAUUGGCCAAGGCAGAGUCAUGUUUCAUGGUAGCCAAUCGGAGCCAGUGUUUUUACACACAAGCCAGGACACGCGCGGCACACACGCCAAACAGAUUCGAUGAAGCAGCAGAAAUGGCGAGUCCGGAGCAAUCCGAUGAAAAGUUGGCAUUUUCUGUAGUAUUCGGCAGAUGUUCCACAGCCUUUGCAAACAAGUAAAUUAAAAUGCAGUUGGAAGUAUAUCAGGGCCUUGAAUGGGCACAUUAAGGCCAAGUGAAAACUGCUCAGAAAAUCCAAAUUCUUUGACAUAUAGCAACUUUCUAUUUUAAAGUUACACAAAUAGUUACUUUCCCUGGUAACUAGUUACUUUUAUUAUAGAGUAAUUCAGUUACUAACUUAGUUACUUUUUGGAACAAGUAGUGAGUAACUAUAAUUAAUUACUUUUUUAAAGUAAUGUUCCCAACACUGGCCUUCAGUUUGAAGACGCCACUCGCAGGCUUUGCACCAUUGCCUGCAGCGGAGUGAGGAGGAGGGUGGGACAGCGUGGGGUGGUUUAGUGCAGUCCAUACGCUGAUUAAGCUGACCUCUGUUUCCCCCUGUUGUGGGCGCCGACAUGCCCCUACACUGUUGUUUUGAGACUUAACAGUAGAGGACCUCCCUGGGCCUAAAGGAAUGAGUUCACAGACAGAACAGAUGAGCCAACACUAAAUAAACCCUGGCGAUUUUAACAUUUCUAAAAUGAGGAAACAAAUUGAUAUUUGUCACACAAAGUAGUGUUUUGACAUGUACUGAAGUAUCAAUUGCUUAAAAAACAGUUGGUUUGUGUUGCACACAGAAGCAAGCCGAACCCUGUGAAGCCCUGAGACAGCACAGAAACAAACUCUGUGCCUGAGGAGGCGAACCUUCAUUUAGACUUCGUUUUUUAAUUCAACCAUAUCCACAUGUGUGUCAAUAAACCUUAAUAGCCACAGUGCCAAAUGAACACUGUACACUAAACAAUUACCCUCAGUAAUACCACAUAGCACUCAUAACCAUGUUUUAAGUAGUGCUGUAUUUUCAUGUAACCGCUUUUGUUUUACUUCAAAAGCUUUUUAUCAAUUUAGACCCACUGUAAAAUGAUAAUCUGACAAAUCAUAGUGUUAUACAUAAAACAUAACCCGUAAUAUCUAAAGUGCAAGAUCCGGUUUCAACAUGAAUAAUUAGUAUGAAGUACUGUAGUACUAUACUGUAGUGCUAUAAAUAAACGUUUAGCUUUUUAGAAUGAAACACUUCUGUGCUUUGGUCAACCAUCAGAAAUGACAGAUUGAACCACUAUUCUGGUAUAAUCAUGUCUAUUGAAAUGACAAGCAUGUUUGUUUGCUCAAAAAUGUAUAUUUUUUAAAUGUGUGCCACGUUAUUUUUGGAUGAGAAAUAUGAAUUUAAAUGAUUUCAAGUUUUUUUUUUUAUAGUUUAUGAAUUUCAGACAAAGUGUGAUUCCCUCUCCCCUUUUUAUUUUUAUUGUUCUGCUCUUUAAUAUCAUAGCAUUUUUGUAACUCAAUAACGUUGGUUGUUUUAUAAAUGACUAAAAGUAAAGUUAGGGCCCCCUGACUGCCAGAAGUAUAUCCCAUACAGAAUAUCCUCUGGAACUCUGCUGUGUAAUGAAACGACUGGAAGUCGUCUCUGAGCAGUUCCCUCUGGAUCGAUGGCCCAAAAUACACGACAGAGGGUAGACUCCUGGAGUUUCCAUCUUCAUACGACCCUCGUUCUUGAGCUUGCCAAACAAUAUUGAUGCAAAAACGACAUGCAUUGAGUUGUUAUGUCUUUUUAUUAGUGUAUGUUUUGUUGCCAUUAGAUAGCUGGGAUAUCAAGGGAUACAUCUUAGGGUAUAACCAUGAAGAUAACUGUUCGACAGCUUUUUCUACGCUAUGAAAAAGGGUACUUUGCUGCAGCAACUUUUUGUUUUGUUUCCAAAAGAACAAAUAGGAUAAUGUGGAAUUGAGUUCCUCUUCUAUUGGAUGUGUUUGAGCUGUAUUGGAUGUGUUUGAGCUGUAUUGGAUGUAUGAGUAAGGUUUUGUUUGUAUGACUUUGAGAUGAUGAAUGAGAGAACGAUUAAACCCUUUUGUAAGGCAUUCAGUUUUAGUCCAUUUCUUU